UUUAUUCGAUGGUACAAUGUACGCUACCGGAGAUAAAAUCAUCAUCAGUAACUGCUUGGGUGCCAUGACAUGUAUGGGUAACAAUGUAUAUACAAGCCUGGAACAAUAUGGAGGCGUAUGUCCUUCAACUAAACGAUCAACUGGACAAACUGGAUGUUUGUUUAACGGUAGAAUUUACAAUAAGAACGACAUUAUCACAAUCAGCCAUUGUUUGGCUCAAAUGGAAUGUUUGGGAUUCAAUGCCUAUAGAGAGCUUAAAAGUCUUGGCGGAAUAUGUCCAGUAAAAGACAGACGGGAUGUAAAUGGACAAACUGGAUGUUUGUUUGAUGGAACAGUGUAUGCAGCUAAUGAGGAAAUUAUCAUACCAUCCUGUUUGGGAAAAAUGACAUGUUUGGGAAACAAUAAUCUUGGACCUAUUACAUCGCUGUAUGGUAUAUGUCCGCAGACUAAACGCUCAUUAGAUGGACAAAGUGGAUGUUUGUUUGAUGGUACGGUAUAUGCCAAGGGAGAUGUGAUACCUAUAAAAGGAACUAAUGCUCGACUGGUCUGCCAAGGACACAAUGUUUAUACCGAACAAUUAUAAAGCCGAGAAUAAGUUCACUCUAAAGUCAUCAUCGCAACCGGUGGUCAGUGGCCAGAUUCAUUGUAUAGUAAACGUUUUUACAUUAACUUUGUUUUCAUUUAUAAAUGCAAAAAUAGACAAUAGCUGCAACAACAAUAAAACAGUAAAUUGUU